UAAAUACACGUACCCACACGACUACAAUCUUCACAACACCAAUCCAUAUUCGAUCCGCACCAGUCACCACAAUGGCGUUCCAGCACCGGCCCUGCUGCCUCCUCCUGGGAGCUCUCCUCGUCUCCCAUCUCGCCGCCGGGCUCGCCGCCACGGGCCCCGGUGACGUGGCCGUGUACUGGGGCCGGAACAAGGACGAGGGCACGCUGCGCGAGGCCUGCGACACGGGCGCCUACACCACCGUCCUCAUCGCCUUCCUCAGCGCCUUCGGCCACGGCAAGUACACCCUCGACCUCUCCGGCCACCCGGUCGCCGGCGUCGGCGACGACAUCAAGCACUGCCAGUCCAAAGGCGUCCUCGUGCUCCUCUCCAUCGGCGGGCAGGGCGGCGAGUACUCCCUCCCGUCCUCCCAGGCCGCCACCGACCUCGCCGACUACCUCUGGGACGCCUUCCUCGCCGGCGGCCGCGCCAGCGUGCCCCGGCCCUUCGGCGACGCGCAGGUGAACGGCGUCGACCUCUUCAUCGACCAGGGCGCCACCGAGCACUACGACGAGCUGGUCCGGCGGCUGUACGGCUACAACAGGUACUACCGCGGCGGCGGGAUCACGCUGACGGCGACGCCGCGGUGCGCGUACCCGGACCAGCGGCUGCAGGGGGCGCUGGCGACGGGGCUCGUCGGCCGCGUCCACGUCCGGCUCUACGGCGACCUCCGGUGCACGUGGGCGGCGCGGGAGGCGUGGGAGAAGUGGGCGGCGGCGUACCCUGGCAGCCGCGUGUUCGUCGGCGUGGUGGCGUCGCCGGAGGCCGACAGGGAUGCCUACAUGUCCCAGAAGGACCUCUACUACAACGUGCUGCAGUUCGCGCAGAAGGUGCCCAACUAUGGCGGCAUCAUGGUCUGGAACAGGUACUACGACAAGAAGAACCACUACAUCAGCAGCAGCUAAAUAAGCUUCGGACACGGUUCACCUAAGCUUAAUCUUCAUGUGUUGUUUAUAUGCGUAAUAAAUAAUGUGUGUAUUCGUACUGUAAUCUACAAAUAAAAUGGAGAAAGCUGUUUUAUGAAGGACACUGUAUCUGUAUCUGGGCACUACAUUGUACUCCUAAUAAUUGUGUUUGAUCUAAUUAUAAUAAAGAACAGUGGCUUCAUGCACA